AUGAAUUAUAAAGUAUUCCAACUCAAUUGUCAUAAAUCGAAAUCUAUUACUGAAACUAUCUUAGAUAAAAAAGAACCUGAUAUCUUGUUAUUACAAGAACCUUACUUUAAUAACUAUGGGCCCAUUAAACAUAAAGAUUGGAUCCCAAUCUUUACAGAAACUGGAAAAGAAAAAAAUAAAUGCAGAGCAAUUACUUACAUUAGGUCUAACUCUGACUUACGAGCAUUAACUACUAAAAUUGAAAAGUUUACAAAUCGAGAUAUGGUUACCAUUUUGGUUAAAGACAUUACAAUUGUCAAUGUCUAUAAUCAACCGAAACCAUCCAAGAAAUACCCUGAGCCACCGGUUUUUGAGUUUCUCAAACGGGAGAUCAAGGAACAAUACUCAAAGAUUGUCAUUGCAGGUGAUUAUAACUUACAUCACAAGGAAUGGGAAUCAAGGGCAGGUCCGAAUACGGAAGCAGAUGAAGUUGUUGAGUGGCUACAUGAAAAUGAUAUGAUGUUAAUUACUCCAAGAAAUCAAAAAACAUACAACAAUAGAACCAAUAUUGAUUUGGUUUAUGGCUCAGUGGACUUACUUCAUAGAAUUUCAUUUAGUGGAGUGGAUGAAAAUACACUAAGUGAUCACUCAAUUGUGGAGUGGGACAUCUAUAUGUCUCAGAGUAAAAACGGGGAUGAAGUUUUUACUUCGGUGAAGAGAUUGAAUAUUAAGAAUGCAUAUUGGGAAAAGUUUGACAAGGAGCUUUCCUCUGCCAUUAAAGAUUUUGAUGUACAUAACAAAGCUCUAAAAUCAACUGACCAAAUUGAUGACCAAGCUAAAGUUCUCGAAGAGGCUGUGAAAAGAGUAAUGGCAAAGUCUAUGGAGGAAAUUAAGGUGAUGAGAAAGUCCAAGAGCUAUAGGAAUGAAAAAUUGAGGGAAAAGGUGGAACAACUGUAA